AUGCUCCGGCGCGCGCGGCGCGGCGAGCUCGCGCGUCUAAUCUACGAUCUCGCGGCGGGGUGCCGCGCGUCGUCGAGCGCGCGCGGCGCGUCGGACCCGCCGCGUCGGCAUCGCGUGGGCGCGCGAAUCGGCGCGGGGAGCGACGACGAGGGACGGCGCGGGCGGGAUCCGCGAUCGGUCGCGGGUGCCGACGGCGCGCGACGCGCGUCGACGCGCGCGCGACGCGACGCGUCGCGCGACGUCCGCGGCGGGUUCGCGUCGUCGAGCGCGCCGCGAGGGUUCGCGGCGUCGAGCGCGGCGGGCGACGACCGCGCGGCGGUUCGCGCGGCGUCGCCGUCCGUCGUCGUCGACGACGCUCGAUCGUUCACCUCGUCCGCCGCGUCGUCGUCGUCGUCGUCGUCGUCGUCGUCGUCGUCGCCGCCGCCGCCGCGACCGAAGACCCACGACUGGCGCGCGGACAUCGCGACCGUCCCGAACGCGCUGUCUAUCGCGCGCGCGGUCGCCGGCCCGUGCCUCGCGACCGCGCUCGUCUUCGACCUCACGCCCCCCUCGUUCGUCUUCGCCGGUGUCUGCGCGGCGGCGGCGAGCGACUGGGCCGACGGCUUCCUCGCGCGGCGGCUCGGGCAGACGUCCAUCGUCGGGUCGUACCUGGACCCGAUCGCGGACAAGGCGUUCGCGGGGUCGAUGGCGGUCGCGUGCGGGGUCGCCGGGCUCGUGCCGUGGUGGCUCGCGGGGGCGGUGGUGACGCGGGACGUCGCGUUGGUCGCGGGCGUGGGGUGGCAACGCGCGCGCGCGUUGCGGUGGCGGUGGGUUUCGGUCGCGGUGUUCGCGGGGUUGGAAGAAGAAGGCGGGACGUCGACCGUCGCGAGGAGCCGGGACGGGGACGGGGACGGGGACGGGGACGGGGACGGGGACGGCGCAUGCUCGUCGAGGCCGACAUCGACGUCGAUGCCGUUCCUGGAGCCGCAGCUGAUCGGGAAGGCGUCGACGGCGACGCAGUUUCUCGUCUUCGCCUGCGCGUCGUCGACGCACGCGUUCGGGUGGCCGCCGGCGGGUCUCGCCGAGCCGCUGCACGUCGCCGCGCUGUGUGUCACGGGCGCGAGCGCGGCGUCGUACUACUUCGCGUCGAGGGACGUGUUCGCGACGGGGGGGACGACGCGGUAG